AUGAAGCAGUGGUCCGUCACUGGAACCGACAAGGACUUCGAUGGCCUCAAGUACGACGACGCACCCGUCCCUCAGGUCGGCGAGAACGAGGUUCUCAUCAAGCUGCACGCGGCCUCUCUCAACUACCGCGAUCUUAUCAUCCCCAAGGGCAUGUACCCUUUCCCAACCAACUUCCCAGUGGUUGGCGGAUCCGAUGGAGCUGGUGAAGUGGUUGAAGUUGGCUCCAAGGUUUCGCAAUGGAAGAAGGGUGACAAAGUCGUUACUCUGUUCAACCAGGGCCAUCAGUUUGGUGCCGUCACUACUGCAGCAGCCGGAACUGGUCUUGGCGGUGUUCUGGAUGGAACUCUCAGACAAUACGGAGUAUUUAACGAGAACGGUCUCGUACGGGCACCGAAGAACCUGAGCCACGUCGAGGCCAGCACAUUGACAUGUGCUGCAUUGACGAGCUGGAACGCACUGUACGGGCUGAAGCCUCUGAAGCCUGGUGACACCGUUCUCACCCAGGGAACUGGUGGUGUUAGCAUUUUCGCUUUGCAGUUCGCGAAAGCCGCAGGUGCUACUGUUAUUGCGACAACUUCGUCCAAGGAGAAGGGUGAGACUCUCAAGAAGCUUGGCGCAGACCAUGUCAUCAACUACAAGGAGGACGAGAACUGGGGCAAGACGGCCAAGAGCCUCACCUAUAACGGACAAGGUGUAGACCACGUCAUUGAGGUCGGCGGUGCCGGAACCCUUGAGCAAAGUCUGGCAGCGAUCAGAUUCGAGGGUGUUAUCAGCAUCAUCGGAUUCCUCGGCGGUGCCAAGCCCAAGUCGACCAUCCUGGACUGCCUCAGCAACAUCUGCACGACCAGAGGUGUCUACGUAGGUUCAAAGGCCCUCAUGGAGGAUAUGGUGGCAGCCAUCGAGGCAAAUGAUAUCCACCCCGUUGUUGACAAGACUGUUUUCUCCCUGGACAAGACACGGGAGGCUUAUGAGUACAUGUGGAAACAAUCGCAUUUUGGAAAGGUGGCAAUCAAGAUUGAGUAA